UCUUUAUCUAUAAGAUAAUAUGUUUUUUUUUUAAAUAUUGAAUUGUCAAAUAAUAUUGUGAAUAUUUUAAUAACCUUUUAAAAAGUUUUUCAAUGGCAUGUUUUUAAAUGAUAAUAAAAAUAAUUACUAAUAUCAUAGUGUUUUUAUUGAAACAUGGUGGCACUAGGUGCAUUUCCUGCUGCAAAACUUGGUGCAUUACUAUUGCGUCAAGUCAGUAAGCCCAUUGCUAAUUUUGUUAAAGAACGGGCUAAACAAUCGCCCGUUUUUCGAACAUAUGUUUGUAUGCCGCCUGCUCAGUUUUAUAAUUGGUGUGAAGUUAAGAUGAAGUUGUAUGUGAUGAACUUGGGAAUGGCCGGAAAAGUUACUCCGUUAAGUGAAUCACAAGCCAUUGAAUUAGGAUCUAAUUUGUUAGGCGAAGGCAUCAUAUUCUUUGUAGCUGCUGCUUUAUUGCUAUUAGAGUAUAGCAGACAAUAUCGUAAAGAACAAGCGAAAGAAGAAGUGCGCCUUCAAGAUCUAGAAGAACUAAAUAACACUCUACGGGACUUAAAUUUAAUGUCAGAACAACAUAAUGCAGAAAUCAGGCGACUCAAUUAUCUUGUUGAUGAUCUAAUCUCUAAAGUAAACUCUAAAUCAUAUACUGAAUCAGCCAAACCUAAAGAACCAUCCACUGGGGACAACAAAGUCGUUCCAGAGAAACCUGAACCUAGUAUCAAAAAUCCUACUAACGAUAUUACUAAUAAGAUGAAUGAAAAUGUGAUAUUUAAAAGCAUUAAAAUGUUAGUACAAACUGUGCAACAAGCUUAAUUUAAACUUAAGUGAUGUAUUUUUAGUUGAGUUCUGUUAUUGUUAAGACAUCAUCUCGUGUAAAGCAAAAUAAAGUGUAAAAAACAAAAAAUCCAAUAAAUAUUAUGUUUUAUUUUUUUAUAGUAUUUAUAUUAAAAAAAAUAUAAAGUCUGCCAAUGAAUCGUAAUACAUAUUAAUAUUAGACAUUUUUCCCUUGCUAGGCUAAAACAAUAGUUUUGCUGAUAACUACUAAUUCUGACAAACGUUUUAUUUGUAUAUUAUGUAAAUAACAUAUUUGGUGUCCUGAUUUGUCGAUGCCAUACUUAAACAUAAUAAGCGCUUGGAUUUUAGCACUCGUUUGUCAUUUAUUGUAUUUUUAGUCUUCUCAAUAGUAUUUUUCUUACAACCAUUAAAAUAAAAAUAGCACAAGAUUAUUUAAAUAACAUCAAUAAUUUAUAAUCUUAUCGUAAUGAAUGAUUAUUUUAAUAAUUAUUUCUUUAUUAAAUAAUCAGUAUAUUGUUAAAACAAUUUUUUUACUAAACGUUUUCUUGUACUUAUCUCUUUCAAUGUUAAAUAAUGUUUAAUAAAGGAAAAUACAAUUAUACCAAGGGCGUAUUUUUAGGAGGUGACUGAGGAGGCUCUAGCCCCCCUUGAAAUUUUUUUAGUCUGCCUAUGGGCCUAUAUGAUGUGAAUUGUAGAUGUUUAAUAUUGUCAAGAUUUUAUUAGGAGUUAGUGCCUCAGCCCCCUCCCCAAAAUAUCUAAAUACGCCCCUGAAUUACAUUUAUGAUACAAUUUGUUUCUUGUAACACUUAAAUUAUUUAAUUGUCAAUGUAUAAUAUCAGAAAGAAGUUAUAUCAAUAUUUAUUAUGAUUUAUAAAACUAAGAUUGGCAUUAAAUAAACAAUCAAUAGACCUCAA